CCACAUCUUCUCCUCCUUCAGCUUUAAUUUGAAAAUUGAAUUUCACCUUUUCUCAAGCAAUACAUAUUCUCUCUGGAAGUCAAAAAUCCCGCAUUAGUCGUCAGCUAUUCCUGUGAUUAACCGCUUAUAAGAGCAAUGGCAACUGGAAGUCCUUAUUUUGAUGACUUGCGAUGUCAAUCUGAGGUCAUUAAUCCUCCACGAAAUGAAGACUGCACAGACAUUGGUGAACAUAUGAAUGAGCUUGCUCAGCAUACAACAAAACCUAAUGCGACUGUUUCUAGUAGUGUUCGUGAAUUAUUGGAAUGCCCAGUGUGCUUAAAUGCUAUGUAUCCACCCAUUCAUCAGUGUUCCAACGGUCACACACUGUGUUCUGGUUGCAAACCUAGGGUGCAUAAUCGCUGUCCAACAUGUCGGCAUGAGCUUGGUAAUAUUCGAUGCCUUGCAUUAGAGAAGGUUGCUGCAUCUCUUGAGCUCCCAUGUAAAUAUCAGAGCUUUGGAUGUAUAGGAAUCAUUCCUUACUACAGCAAGCUGAAGCACGAAUCUGAAUGCUCUUUCAGACCCUAUAAUUGCCCCUAUGCUGGCUCAGAGUGCACCGUCAUUGGCGACAUCCCAUAUUUAGUUGCCCAUUUGAAAGAUGAUCACAAAGUUGAUAUGCAUGUCGGCAGUACUUUCAAUCAUCGUUAUGUAAAAGCAAAUCCCCAUGAAGUGGAAAAUGCUACAUGGAUGCUUACUGUUUUCAGUUGCUUUGGUCAGUACUUCUGUUUACACUUUGAAGCAUUUCAACUUGGAAUGGCACCAGUUUAUAUUGCAUUUUUACGGUUCUUGGGUGAUGAUGAAACGGCAAAGAACUUUAGCUACAGUCUUGAAGUUGGAGGCAAUGGAAGGAAGAUGAUUUGGCAAGGGGUACCAAGAAGCGUUAGGGACAGUCACCGUAAGUUGUAGGAAGAUUGGGUCAAAAUCAGGGACAAGUAUGACGCAGCUUGAAGCCUUCAACCUACUGCCAGUCUGCCACAUGUUCAUAUAAUAGAAUAUUUUUAUUUGACGAAAAAAAAGAGAAUUCCUUAUUUAAAUGAUUUUAUUUUACUGACAACCCCAAUUUAGGGUCCACAUAAAUUUCUGGCUAAGAUUGCAACUGCUUUUCUCUUUCUGUCUGCCAAAAAUUUGGACCCCUUCGUUUUUCCCCUCUAAGCCACAUAUAUUCUGUUUCCAUUUUUCUUUUCUUAUUUUCCUUUUAUUGGGGGUAAAUUACAUACUACACCUACUAUUAAUUUACCAACGUAUUUUAUAUUACCGUUGACUGAUAUUAUAUUUA